AUGAUGAAAUCUGGGUGCGUAGCCACCCACUUUUUGUUAAGAUGAUGAUCAGAAGGGUGGGAGAGUAGGGGGAUUGAGGAGAGCGGGAAGAGAAGGGGUGGAGAGAUAAGGGUGAUCGAAGAGAGCGGAGAAAGAGAACACGGUGAUCAGUGAGGGAGGUUAGAGAGGGAAAGGGAUGCAAGAGAGUAGAGUUUAGUUGGGCUAGCGGUGGGCUAGUUUAGGGCUAAGCCAAGAAAAGGUAGGGCUAUUUUAAGGCUAUGGCAAGAACUUUUUUAGGGCAAUGGCAGGGCUAACAAUUGUAAGGUAAGACUUGUUUUAGGCUAAGGCAGGGAUUUUGUAAGGCUAAGGCUAAUGCUAAGGCUAAGGCUAAGGCUAAGGCUAAGGCUAAGGCUAAGGCUAAGGCUAAGGCUAAGGCUACGGCUAAGGCUACGGCUAAGGCUAAGGCUACGGCUACGGCUACGGCUACGGCUACGGCUACGGCUACGGCUACGGCUACGGCUAAGGCUAAGGCUAAGGCUAAGGAUAAAGCUAAAGCUAAAGCUAGGGCUAAGGCUUGGACCAAGGCAGUCUAUUAA